CCACGUGUGAUUCUGGAAUGUAAUACGUAGCCCUAGUUGCUUCAUGUUUAUCUAUGCACCCAUGCACCUGAAACCAAUAUAAAUACUAACUUUUCACUAACAAUUAGAGUGUUAAACCAAAAAAUGGGAAUUGUAGAAGCACAUAAUGUAAAGGUUGUGCGGAAAGGGGAGCAACUUGUUAUCCUUUCUCAUGGCUUUGGCAGUGAUCAAUCUGUCUGGAAAUACUUGGUUCCUUACCUUCUUGAAGACUACUAUCGUGUUAUUUUAUAUGAUAAUAUGGGUGCUUAUGCCUCCAUUGCUCGCCCAGAUCUCUUCUCUAAAAUCAUUAUGCUCUCUGCUACUCCAAGGUUAUUGAAUGACAAGAAUUAUAAUGGAGGAUUUGAAGGACUGCGUUCCAACUACAAAGCAUGGUGUUCAGGGUUUGCACCAAUGGUACUAGGUGGCGACAUGGACUCGGUAGCUGUGCAAGAAUUCUCUCAAACUCUAUUCAACAUGAGACCUGAUAUAGCUUUUAGUUUAGUCCAUCUUAAAUUUCUAACAGAAUUGAGACAUAUUCUACCUAUGGUCACUCUCCCUUGCCAUAUAUUGCAGAGUGAAAUGGAUAUGGCUGUGCCAGCGGCGGUGUCUGAAUAUCUGAAUCAACAUCUCGGCGACCCAUCAAUCGUCGAGGUCAUGCCUACCAGCGGUCACUUGCCACACUUGAGCGCGCCUGAUAUUGUAAUCCCAGUUAUUCUCAAGCACCUUCGCCUUGAUUUCACUCUAUGACUGUGUUAUAACCAAAUGAGUGUCUUCUUCUUUUUCUCUUUUCUUUUUCCCUUUCUUUUCUAAUUUGCUUGUAGCAGCAUCAUUUGGAAUAUAAGCUUGAGACCUU